UCCCUCCCUCCCUCCCUCCCUCCCUCCACCUCUUCCGCGCCCCCGAAAGGCAAAACCCUCCCUGCCCCGGUGCCCCCGGUCCCCUCCCCGCCGCCCUGGUCAAACCCUAGCAGGCGGACGCGCAAACCCGCCCGCAUCCCAUUCCACAUCUCCCCAUGGCGGCGCUCUCCGUGCCCCUCCGCGCCGCGGCGGCCGCCGCCGGAUCCCGCGCCGCCGUCGACCCCAUCAAGGUCUCGAGCGUGAGGAGCACCGGCUCGGCACACUUUGGCUGCAGGUUCCCCUCCAUCGCGGCCUCCUCUUCAUCUGCGAGGAACGUCGAGCCGCUGAGGGCGAUAGCUACACAGGCACCCCCUGCCGUCCCACAAUAUUCGAGUGGGGAGAAGACAAAGAUUGGCAUCAACGGGUUUGGACGGAUUGGCAGGUUGGUCCUGCGAAUUGCAACCAGCAGAGAUGAUAUUGAAGUUGUGGCUGUGAAUGAUCCUUUCAUUGAUGCUAAGUACAUGGCCUAUAUGUUCAAGUAUGACUCCACUCAUGGUCCAUUUAAGGGUUCUAUUCAUGUCGUGGAUGAAUCAACCCUGGAGAUCAAUGGGAAGAAGAUCACAAUUACAAGCAAAAGAGAUCCUGCAGAGAUUCCAUGGGGUAACUAUGGAGCUGAAUAUGUUGUUGAAUCUUCUGGUGUUUUUACGACCACGGACAAAGCAUCAGCACACUUAAAGGGUGGUGCCAAGAAAGUGGUGAUAUCUGCGCCAUCAGCAGAUGCUCCCAUGUUUGUUGUUGGAGUUAAUGAGAAUAGCUAUGACCCAAAGAUGAAUGUUGUUUCUAAUGCAAGUUGCACCACCAACUGCCUUGCUCCACUUGCCAAGGUUGUCCACGAGGAAUUUGGCAUUGUGGAGGGUCUCAUGACAACUGUUCAUGCCACAACAGCCACCCAGAAGACUGUUGACGGUCCUUCAAUGAAGGAUUGGAGGGGAGGACGUGGUGCUGGCCAAAACAUAAUUCCUAGCUCCACUGGUGCAGCAAAGGCUGUUGGAAAAGUCCUACCUGAGCUGAAUGGAAAGCUCACUGGCAUGGCCUUCCGAGUUCCAACACCAAAUGUCUCUGUGGUGGAUUUGACAUGUCGGAUUGAGAAAAGCGCUUCCUAUGAUGAUGUGAAAGCAGUCAUCAAGGCGGCAUCAGAGGGUGCACUCAAAGGUAUCCUAGGCUACACAGAUGAGGAUGUUGUUUCCAAUGAUUUCGUCGGUGAUUCUAGGUCAAGUAUCUUUGAUGCCAAGGCUGGUAUUGGACUGAGCUCGUCUUUCAUGAAGCUUGUGUCUUGGUAUGACAACGAGUGGGGCUACAGCAACCGGGUUCUGGACCUGAUUGCCCACAUCGCUCUCGUCAGCGCCAAGCACUGAUGUGCGGAGAUCCCUACUCAUUCCUCCAGUAGCCUAGUAGGAAAGGCUGCAAUUUUGACGGCCAUUUUCUUCGUAGCUCUUCUUUGGAAUAAGAUGAUGUGGACCACUUCAAACUGAGAGCAUAAAUGGACUCAGAUCCAUGACUUGUAUGUUAGUUGUUGAAGGGGUAAAGUUUGGUCGUAGUGCCAAGGCAUGCAUCUGCGGAAUUGAGUGAACCAUAUGGCCCGUCGACUCGAUUCGUUGCUUGUGAUUUGUGCCCUUUGUGUAAGGUGGUAUAAUUUGGCAGUCCAUGUUUGGAGCCAAGCGUGAUGAUAGGAUGGCAUUGAGCGAUGACCAAUUGGAUCUA